UCGGGGAGAGCGAGCAGGGAAGCACAGAGCCGGGAGGGACUGGACCCACACAGCCAGGGGACGGAAAUGCUCAUCACCGUGCCAAUGCCCCACGAACCAGGAAGCCCCUAUCCACCAGCUCUGCCCCCACCCCUCCUGCCCAAGCCAGCCAAGGACAACCUGCGGCUUCAGCGACUGCUCAGGAAGGCGGCCAAGAAGAAGGGCAGCUUGACCACCCUCCAGAUCAGCUCCUUCCGGGCCUCUCUGUCCCCAGUGAGUGAGGCCAGCCAUGACCAGGACGUUGUGCCCCAGCCUCAUCCAGAGAUGCCUGGAGCGGCAGCCCCACCAGCCCCACCAAGCCCCCUGGCUCUCCCCAGCCCAUCUCGAAUCCUGCUCCCAGCAUCCCGCUCACCCUACAAGCCCGUCAUCCAGCACGUGCCUUCUCCCCUGCAGAAGAAAUCCUUCUUCAAUCUGACCGAGCAGAGGAGCCUGGCUGAGCAUUUCAGGAUGACCACCCCCCAGUUGGGAGGUCCAGGCCCAGGCCCCCUCAAGCCCCCAGGCACCUUUACCCCUGUCUCAGCCCCAAGGGAAGUGACCCACAUCAGCCGGGUACACAUUCACGUGGGGCCAGUGGUGUCACCUCCAUCUCCAGCCCCUGUGGCCAACCUCACCAUGGGUGGCUGGGGAAACAGAGAGCAGGAUCCCCCCCGGACAGAGCCCCAGGACACCCCCCGGACAGAGCCCCAGGAAUGGCCAGGAGUCACUCACGAGCCCUCCCCCACCCCCCAGAUCCCAGUGGCUCACAUUCAGCCUCUGACCCCCAAUGCCCAGGCCACCAGCCCUGGCCCGGAACCACUGCCAAGUAGCAGGCUCUCCCCUAGCACAGAGGUGACAGCUACCAAACAGGUCAUCACUAGGAUUGUGGUCCCCAUUGCCCCCACAGCAAAAGCCGAGCCCCCCCCAGUGCUCCCCAAGCCCAGCACUGUGUACCCCAAGUUUGUGGCUGCAUCUGACGCCAAGCAGCAGCCUCAAGGGCCUCCCAGCCCUUCCAGGGCCUUCCCCCCAGAGUCCCCAAGGGACCCUCUGGUCUCCUCUGGGCCGAGCCCCACCCCACACGGGGAAGUGGGCGAAGCAGCCCCUACCCACCUCCCAAGAGGCCACUUUGGUGGCUGGUCGAGACUCAAGAAGCAAUUGAUCGUGAGCCCUGAAGCACUGGCCUUCCCAGAGGCCACGGGUGCAAAGGCUCUGCUGGAGCAGGCCAGCGAGGCGCCCCGUGAGCCUGCUGCUGGCCCUGGGACCCCGAGGCCCCUUGUCUCUCGAGCCGCCAAGAUGUGGGAUGCAGUCCUCUACCGCAUGUCUGUGGCCAAGGGUGGCAAUCAGCAGGACACCAAGGAAGGGGCCAGGGCACCUCCAGGAAGGCUCCCGGGGCACGGCAGCUUCUUGCCUUUCUUGUACCGGCCCCGGUUUGAUGCCCGGAAACUCCAGGAGAUGGCGGCCCAGGCCCCAGCCAAGGUCAACAGCGUCCAGGGGCUGAGCUUGAGGCCCAGCAUGGCACCCAAGAACUUCAAUCGCACGGCAGCUUGCUGGCAGCUCAAGUGA